AUGGAGGAAUCAUCAUGUUCGACAAACUUACCUCCAUGGCUCGAAUCUCUUCUCUCUGAAAAAUUCUACAAUGCUUGCAUAAUUCACCAAGAUGCAAAAAAGAACGAGAAAAACAUAUUCUGUCUUGAUUGUUGCGAGGGUAUUUGCCCUCACUGUCUCACUCCUCAUGGCUCUCAUCGUCUCCUACAGAUAAGGAGGUAUGUGUAUCAUGAUGUUAUUAGGGUUGGAGAUGCUGAGAAAUUAAUGGAUUGUUCUUAUGUUCAGUCUUAUACAACAAACAGUGCGAAAGUUGUGUUUUUAAAUCCAAGGCCUCAAACUAGAGCAUGUAGAAACAUAAACAAUGGCUGCAUCAGCUGUGACAGAGCUCUGCAAGACCCAUAUCUCUUCUGCUCUAUCUUCUGCAAGAUUAGUCAUAUCCUAAGAAGCGAGGGAAUGAUGUCUGAAUACUUACACGACUGCGAGGUGCUCACGUUGCCGGAGCUAGGAUUUGACGACGGUUUAAUGACGCCUGAUUCGGUUCUUGAACCGUUCAUUUCACUGCGGACUUCAUCUGGGUCAAGCGCGAGCUGCGGGGCUCCCGGCGGUGGAUUCGACUGCCGGACAAUUGCAUCCACCGCCACCACUGAGAUUGUGAGGAAAAAGAGAAGCUCCAAGUCUGCAAUUCGUGCGGCGGCGUGUCUCCCAGUUAAUUCACAGCCGUCGGAAUUAUUGGGGAACCGCCGAAAAGGUGUCCCACGCCGGUCGCCUUUCCAUUGA